AGCAUGGCCCAUUCCUUAACUCAAGUUUCAAUGUGUCCUCUAUAUAUACAUCGGUCUGCUUCAUCUUCCAAAAACAUUGAAUCCCUUGUCGGAAUCUCUAUCUCUCUCCAAAUAUCUCUUGCUUGCAUCUUAAGCAAAUCUUCAUCAUCUUCUCGUCUCCCAGAUAAUAGCAAAGCACCUUUUUUUAAAGAACAUUAAUUAAUUUGAUCUGAUAUUAUGAGCUGCAACGGUUGUCGUGUUCUCCGGAAAGGUUGCAGCGGGACUUGCAUCCUCCGUCCCUGUAUCCAGUGGAUCGAAUCCGCCGAAUCUCAAGGCCACGCAACCGUCUUUGUAGCCAAAUUCUUCGGCCGUGCUGGUCUCACGUCAUUCAUCUCCUCCGUAACCGAAUCUCAGCGCCCAGCUUUGUUUCAGUCCUUGCUCUACGAAGCUUGCGGUAGAACCGUGAACCCGGUUAACGGCGCCGUCGGGUUGUUGUGGACGGGGAACUGGAGUAUCUGCCAAGCGGCGGUCGACACGGUUCUCCGCGGCGGUUCUUUGAGACCUAUCCCCGAGCUUCUUACACGCGACGGAGGAUUCCCGUCGGCGACUCCCGACGAAGCGUCCGAGAUCUGUACGGAGAUGAUGAAUGAUUCCGGUGACCGGAGCAUCUACCACCACUCCAGAUUCUCGAGCUCUAGGUCUAGAUCGACGGCUUCUCCGCCCAAACGGAGACGGUUGGCGUCAGAGCAACGACGACGACCGUCGUCGGAGAUAGAUUUCUCUCUAACCCCUGCUUUUCCGACUAAAACGACGCCGUUUAAGGAGGAAACGCGGCGACCAGAAACGCCGUCGUUGUAUUCAGAGGAAUCCGUUAUAACGGCGCCGUUUACGGAUAACAUCGCUAGUGAACGGUUUGUACGCGGAGGAGGAGAAAUGGCAAAGUUGCUCAACCUUUUCGCUUGAAAGGACUUGUUUUGUUAUUUCGGGUUUAAAAUGUAAUUUUGAUGAACUUUUUUUUUUUGGCCUCUUCGUGGAUUAAUAUUUUGGGAAACUAAUACACUGCCAAAUUACGUGCUUA